AUGAGGCUCACAACAGAGCUCAUCCAAACGUCCCUCUCCUACCUCAACCCGCUCAAAGAGCGAGAGCUAGAUCUACGAGGACAUAAGAUACCGGCUAUUGAGAAUUUGGGUGUCGCUGGCCCUCACGAUGCCAUCGAUUUCACCGACAACGAUAUCCAGCAGCUAGGCAACUUCCCGCUGUCUCCACGCCUACGAACCCUCCUCCUGGCGCGCAACCGCGUCUCCAGUAUCCAGCCCUCGCUCGCGCACGCCCUGCCGAACCUGUCGACGCUCGUGCUGCAUGCGAAUAACUUUGCGGAGCUGGCGGAUCUGGAUGUGCUGGCUAGUUUUACGGGGCUGACGCAUUUGGUGUUGAGUGAGAAUCCGGUGACGAGGAAGGAGCAUUAUCGAACUUGGGUUGUUUGGAGGUGUCCUUCGGUACGCUUUUUAGAUUAUAAGAAGGUUAAGGAUGCGGAGCGCGAGAAGGGGAAGGAGAUAUUCGGGACACAUAAAGAGCCUUCUAUCCUGGCUUCCAAGAUCAUGGGAGUCAAGUCCAAGACCUUCGACACGCCCUCAGCAAACGGUGUUUCGGCCAUGGCGACCUCGAAGAACUACCGCGUGAAGCUCACAGAUAAAGAACGCAAGAAAGUCGAGGAGCUGAUUCGGAACGCGAAGAGCCUGCAGGAUAUCCAGCGUCUAGAGAGGGAGCUUAAUGAGGGACGAGUUCCGGCUGCCGCGCAGGGCGAUGAUGCGAUGGAGGAAUAA